AGUCGAGCAGAGCAGAAAUCCUUGGUUGAAGCCUUGAGGUGCCAUAUAGAUAUAGAACAGUGGUUUUGUUACAGUCGUUGACAAAAUUAUGGGGAAAAAAGCUUCAAGGGAAAAAGAUUCAAAGGAAAAAGGAGAUACCGGUUUAGAGAGUGAGGAUCUCUUGAACCAGCCAGAUAAUUCGGCUUUCAAACAGCAAAGACUUCCCGCAUGGACUCCAUUUCUAAAUGCUAAAAACGUGCUGCCAACUAUUUACAUCACUGGAGUGUUCUGCAUUAGCGUUGGGAUCUUCCUGCUUGUGAUCGACGGGAGAGUGAAAGAGUUUCAGGUUGAUUACACGGAUGGAGCUUGUCAACACUGUAGCUUGUUGCGAGAGGACUGGCGCAAUUGGACCAAACCGUGCACCUGUACCAUAAACUUCACUCUGGAGGAAAGUUUCCAGGGUGAUGUUUUCAUGUAUUAUGGAUUGAGAAACUACUACCAGAACCAUCGACAGUAUGGGAUUUCCAGGGAUAAUGCACAGUUAUUGGGAUUACCAAGAAGAUUAAAGACGCCUAGCGAUAGCUGUCAGCCUUUUAACACAGAUGGGAAUGGAAAUCCUAUUGCUCCAUGUGGCGCUGUAGCCAACAGCCUUUUUAAUGAUACCUUUUCUCUUUUGUUCCUACCCAACACUAGCUGUGAAAGGACCAUUUCGCUGCUGGACAGGGACAUCACUUGGUGGACGGACAGGAAUAUAAAGUUUAGGAAUCCUGUUCCACACAAUAACCUUUCAGCGGCUUUUGCAGGUACAGUGAGACCUCCAAACUGGCAGAAGGACAUUUACACGCUAGGUCAUGGCAAUAACAAUGGCUUUGUGAAUGAGGACUUCAUUGUCUGGAUGAGAACUGAUGCCUUCCCAAAUUUCCGAAAGCUUUAUCGAUACUUGGAUCGCAAAGAGGAGUUUGUCAACGGACUCCCUGCUGGGAAUUACAGUAUUAAGAUUCAAUAUAAUUACCCAGUCACUGCAUUUGGAGGGAGGAAAGAAAUGAUUCUCUCAACUAUGUCCUGGAUGGGGAGUAAGAACUCUUUCCUUGGAAUUGCCUACUGUGUGACCGGGGCGCUUUCUAUCAUUGCUGGCGUGCUUUUAACAUUUGUCUCUUUGAAAUUUGGAAAAAAACGGACUGCGUUUAAACGUUAAACACAAAUCGUGUAUUCAAAUACACUGCAAGGGUGAUGAGACUGGCUUAACCCUUCAAGCUACUGUCCAUAGCCAAUUGCGAUGUGCUCUUUGAAUCAGGGCAUGCUCUUGCCCAAAAUAAACUGCUGGGUCUUUGUAACUCAUUCAAUUCUCAGCAUUGCGCUUUUUAGAAAAUGUAUAGACUUGCUUGCAAAUAGACAGUCAAUACUGUUCACAGUAAAUUGUGCGAAGGC